GCUAAAAGGGAAAACACUUUCAAACAGUUGUGAGAGAGGGUGAAGUUCGGGAGUAAAUAUUUUUACCAAUAUGUUUCUAAUAAGUUUCGAUUAAGGUGACUGCAAUUAGUACUAUUUGUUUCCACAGGCAGUAAUUUCCAAAAACAAACGAAUAAUGUAAUGGAAACCCAAAAGUGAGCUUUGCUUUUACAAUAUUUUGAUACGCUCAUUCAGAAGGAGUGACUACCAAAAUACAAGAGGUGGCGGAGCUCCAGUGGCAGCCGAAGAUACGUACAAGUUUAUAUAUUGGAUUUGUGAUAAUAAUAGCACUGCCAACCAGCUGAUAGCAGAAAUAAAAUGUCUAAUAAGAACAAUAACCCGAAAAGACGAGAAGUGACCGGAUCAUCUUCUUCUAAUUCCUCUAUCUCUUCAGUCGGCGCAGGCGACAAUGGCAUUUCGGCAGAUUUGGCAUCGUUGUUUGAAUGUCCUGUAUGUUUUGAUUAUGUACUACCACCGAUAUUGCAGUGCCAAAGUGGUCAUUUAGUAUGCACAAGUUGUCGUUCAAAAUUAACCUGCUGUCCCACAUGCCGUGGUUCUUUGGGAAAUAUUCGCAACUUAGCAAUGGAAAAGGUGGCUUCAAAUGUGAAAUUUCCAUGCAAACAUUCAAACCACGGUUGCACUGUCUCAUUGGUUUACACCGAGAAGGCCGAACACGAAGAAGCCUGCGAAUUUCGACCGUAUCUUUGCCCUUGUCCUGGAGCGUCUUGCAAAUGGCAAGGAUCACUAGACUACGUAAUGCCACACCUUAUGAUGUCACAUAAGAGUAUCACAACUCUGCAGGGUGAAGAUAUUGUAUUUCUAGCCACAGAUAUCAAUCUUCCGGGUGCUGUGGAUUGGGUAAUGAUGCAAUCUUGUUUUGGACAUCAUUUUAUGCUGGUAUUGGAAAAGCAGGAGAAAUACGAUGGUCACCAGCAGUUCUAUGCUAUUGUACAGCUAAUCGGAUCCCGCAAAGAAGCUGAAAAUUUUGCCUAUCGGCUGGAGUUAAAUGGAAAUAGGCGUCGUUUAACUUGGGAGGCGAUGCCACGAUCGAUCCAUGAAGGUGUGGCUAGUGCGAUUCUUAACUCAGACUGCCUCGUAUUUGAUACAUCCAUCGCGCAGCUGUUCGCAGACAAUGGAAACCUCGGUAUUAACGUAACUAUUUCCGUUGUCUAGAAAACCGAUUCGUUGACAUUUCAUUACUUUUACCUAAAAAUAAUUGAAAUAAUUUAUGAAUGCUGUGCACACAUAUAGAGGCCGCAGACAUGUAAAAUAGUAAAAGUCAUUGCGGAACCUUUCCGUUGUAUCAUUCGACAAGUAUAAAUUACACUUGGGGUAUGUUAAUAGCCCGUAUGAAUAGAGGAGUUCACUCUGUUUCGCCCGUAAGAUUUGCACGGGAUGAGUAACUCAAACGCUUUUAUUCAUACGGCCUAAUGUGUACAAGUCUAUAAUCGAUAAUGCGAACAGAAUUAAACUAGCGAUUUAGACGAGCAAGAAUUGAAUAAUAACUUAAAUACAAUCAAUCAGUUUUGUGUGGAAACCAAGCAAAUAAAUCAACUCGUCUCGGGAAUAGCUAAACUAGAACUUGCCUUCGUUUCCAUCGAGCGAGCAUUAAAAUAUAUGAUGUUUUGCCUCACGUUCAGUUUACAUUGUAAGGAUGUAAUAUUUUCGGUCAAUAAACUAAUUUUAUUGAAUAUAUAAAA